UUGAAUAUGCAUUUAUAUUUGUUUCUGUCUUUCUUUUCUUUGAGUUUUUAGAAGAAUACGUCACAGAGAAAGAACUCAAAUAUCUAUCAUCUUGCCAAACUUGUUGCUAGGAGACAGGUUGUAAACAUCCUGAUAUCUUUUUCGCACAAUGACGGACUUCAGUUAGCACUGUGAGUGACAAUCUGUAAGUCGCUUGCAGUUGGAUGAAUUAGAUGGCUACAAAUUCAUUACAUUUUUCAGCGACACGAAGAAAAUGACUUUAGUAAACGACAGAUUCCCGACCAUUCCACCGGCAGGGAAACGAGAACCCCUUGGUGACCGUGUCAAGACAUUAUUUGAGUUAUCACCACGGGCCAUCACACCCCCAGUGGUGAAGAAGUUUCUCAAUACCACUCGCCCUGAGGCAGGGGCCAUCCGUGUGUUCUAUGGAAAAGCCAAUGACCCUGAUAUUGCCAGCACGCUAGUGCAUGGAAAGACAACCAACACAUGUCUUACUGGUGGUUCACUGAUAAAUCCAGCACCGAAGACCCGGUUUAAUCUGAAGCUGCAGCAGCUUAAUGAAGCUGGGUAUGCCAGCCACCAGAGGGCUCCUUUUGGCAAAUCACACGACCAGAGCCUGGGACUGCCUAAGUGGUUUAACAUUAACAAAACUACUUUUGGUGUGAAGAACUAUAGCCGCAUCAACGCAGGUGAGAUUAUCAACCCGCCUAAAACCUCAGAGCAAGUUGAGAGAGAUUCCCAGGAAGGACGUCAGAAUUAUAUCCGUUCUCAUAAUGCCUACUUUGUAGGUGAGCGUGUCGACAGGGCAUACGACUGGAAGCACUGUGGGAAAGACACCAGGUUUGGAGUGCCCACUCCCCACUACAACGAUGGACGCAUGGUCUCCAAAUCCCUUCACUGGCCAUGUGACAAGCAAAAACAUUGUAGUGCAAUGUUUGUCUCAAAGCGUUGUGACGACUUCAGAGAAAGGACUCAGCCCCAAAUAAGCAAAGUGCAUGAUCCAAUUGCAGAAACUCUGAAAGUUCCGGCGAAACACACAUUUGGAAUCUUGUUGAGACCUGAUGACUUUGAUGCUAGGGAUCUCCUUCAAGCCCUUCCACCAUCUGACUACCUGAGAGGGAAGGACCGCCAACGGAGUCUAGUCAGCGUCGCUCGCCAGCACCUGAAGAAGGCCAAUUACCGCAACUUUAACUCUAUACUGGAGGCAUUCAGGCACUAUGACAAGAAGGGACAGGGAAAGAUUGAUAAGGAGGAUCUGCAGGAAGUCUGUCGACAGUUUAAACUGGACCUCAGUGGCCCACUGCUGGACAGCCUCAUGGAGUACUGUGAUGUGGACAAGGAUGGACACAUCAGCUUCCUGGAGUUUGCCAACUUCCUCAGCUGGAAAGACCAAAUGCCCAUCGGCAGACUGGAACAGGGGAUUCUCACUAAAGAGCGUACGGUUAGCACUGCUCCAGCCAACAUGCACAGAGAGGAAGGCCAGGCGUCCGAGGCAGAGCCCCUGGUCACGCCUGAGGACCUGGUGCCAGUGGAGUUGGGAAGCUGGCUGAAAAAACCCAAGACUCUGACUCAGCCCAGAAGCGUUCCUGAUGUGUUUGCCACCUCCUCAUCACAGAUCGGAGCAGUUGUGGAUGGAACCUCCACUGCCUAUAUGCCUACCCUUGGAAUCCCAAGUGUGCGUGUGGAUUUGGCCGCACCACGCAUCAAGCGGGUCAGUGACCGCACCAACUAUGGAGAUCUGGCAACAGCUUACGACCUGCUGUACCCGCCACUCCACUCCCAGUGGGGGGUACACGAGGAACACUUCUUCUAUCCGCGCUCCAAAGAUGAGAUUUCUGCAAUAUUCCGGAACGCUGGCGUUGACGUAUCCGAGGAGACAUUCGAGGAAGCGUGGAGGCUGGCGUCCACGAGGCAUCCAUCCGGGGAAGUGUGUGUUGAGGGUUUCCGGAAUACUCUGAGAGAAAUUCAGGCUAAUUGAAAACUUGUUUGAGUUAUUUAUACUUAAUAACAUUCUUAUUUUUAUGUGAAUUCAUGAACAUGACAUCAAUAAAACCUGCUGGAACUUGAUGUUGCCUACCGCAAUAAAACCUCGAUAAAACAAUUAAACGUACCGUAAGUUUGUUGUAUAUCUUAUUCUGAGUAAACAAUCUAAGGAACUACAAUGAGUGAAUGUGGCGGCAAUAUGAGAAACAAUACGAGCUUUACUGUAUAACUAAAUAUAGGAUUAUUAGUUGAAGGCAAAAAUAAAUUUGAAUACAGUACUAAAUGUAGAGUAAAUGUUACAUAUAGGCGUACAAGUAUCAGCAUUUAUAACGGGUAUACACUAUCAUAAUAAUACGUUUACAUAUAGCCGCAUGCAGCUAUCAGCGGGGUCCAAGCAGCGUGCAAACUGCCACAAGUAGCAAAAAGUGAAAUGAUUUGACCAUAUCCACUGGUGAAAGAGGACUACAGGCAUGUAUUGGCUGUUGGAGUCCAUUUUGUUGAGCAAGCCAAAUGGAACUUUAGGAGAUGUGAGAGACUGUAGCCAAGUAUUUGCUUACCAAAUGUAAACAUUUUAGCUUAAAUGUUUCUGGAGAUAGUAGAUUUUAAUGAUUGUGAAAAUCAUUAAAAAAAAUCGUAAUUUUGGGCCAAACGGUUUUUGAGCCUACGCCACUCCAGGGGGCGCUAGCAAGCAAAAAUAGAAACGCACACCUAGGGACACCUUGUAUUAUUCCAUAUCAACCACGUGGGGCUACAAUCAUACCAAGUUUCAUGCGGAUUGGUGAAGUCUAAUGAUAUUGCCAACCCAACAAUUUGUG